UAGCGGACAUUUGUGUGGAGGACCUCGGGAGUGCGGGACGUGUUCAGUCGUGGAGGCUUGAGGUCCGACAGCAGCAGCAGCAGAAACAGAAACAACCUCCCCAGCCGGGUGAAUGGCCGGUGGCUCUACAGCUCAGCUGUAGCGCGUGGUGAUUAUUUUUUUUACCACCACAGAAAAUGAUGUGAUUUUCUAAUUUUUAUUUUUUUAUUUUUUUAUUUUUAUUCUCAUCGCUCAACCCUAACAUUUCUUUUUCUGCCUCCUUUUUUUUAACACCUUAUAUAUAUUUUUUUUCUUCAACUGUAGGAUCUUGUGAAUCUUUUAAUUUCAAGUCCGGGCACUAUUCACGUACGGUGCUUACUUUUUCUUUUUUUCUUUUUCUUUUUUAACUGUGAAUAAACCUCCACCUUCCGCUGAGACUACAAACUUUGGACCACCGCAAGCAGCUUGUCGACAGUGAGGAGGGGGGGGUGGACGAGGAGCGAGAAGGAGGAGAUUUGACACCGAGCAGCGAGCCUAUAUUUGUCCGCUUGACUCCGUGUGAAAAGAAAGGAGGAAAACCGAGCUUCCCUGUCGCCACCUCCGCCACCAGCCUCCCCUUUUUUCCACCGUACGGAAGAAGGAGAAGAAGAGGAAGAAGGAGGAUUUAGCCUGGAUAACGGAGAGGGAUAUAAACCUGGAGGAGAUUUGACGGUCUCAAAGGUGCCCGGCGCAAUGGGACUCCUAAACCUCUGAGGGGUGAGCACAAAAGACCGAAGGGGAAGAGGCCGAAUAAAGGAGGACAAAAGAGGAGGAGGAGGUGGAACAGAAGAAGGAGGGAAGAUUCUUUGCCCGGCGCCAGAAGAGAAGAAGAGCCUUUGGGCAGAAGAGUGGGCGGAGAAGGACAGGGGAGGGAGGGAGAUUUGAAAGGAAGGAUUUGCUCUAUCUGUCAGGGGUGCAUGCUCCCCCCUAAGUCCCCCCCUCCGACUUGGACAUCCUCCUCCGUCUUUUUUUUUUUGCAGUGACAGGCCGACAAAAGGCAACAGAAUGCACAAUAAACUAAGUUUGGGAUGCCUCGGGGCGAGCAGGGGCCUGGAUGUGAGACUACCCAGGACUAGAGCCUUGCUGCUGGGCUUGCUUCUCGCCGCGGCGGGCUGCCUCCAUCCGCCGGUGCGCGCAGAGGUGGAGAUCGACGUGCUGGGCGAGAUGGUGUUAAUGGAAGCGGGUGAACGAAGCGAGAGUGUGGGUGGAAGAAGCGAGCUGGAGGCCUCCAUGCAGUCCUCGCUCCUGCGGAAUUUCCAGGAGGUGACGGCAGGUAUCCGGGCGAUGGAGGCCUCCGCCGUCGCCGCGCAGAGCGACGAGACGGCAGCGACUCAGCAGAACGCGGCGGCGCCCACUGCCUUCCCGGACUCCUCAGCAGUGGUGGGUCGAAUCUUCCAGAUGAAGGUGCCAAACAAGAUGGAGGAUGUUUACCUGGGUGAUAUCGUCAAGAUUACUGAGAUGGGUAAGGAUUCCCUCCCUGCCUGGCUGCACUGGGAUGCCAGCAGCCGAAUCCUGCAGGGUCUACCUUUGGAGGAGGACAAAGGUGUCCAUUACAUCUCCGUGUCCAUCUCAAACCACACAAAAUCCUCUUCUUCUGAGGUGUUUUCCAUUGAGGUACACCCAGAAGAUCAUUUGGACACAGAUUCGGCCCAGCUGACAUCCAGCCAAGCCUCUGCUGAAGAUGACGUCCAGCCAUUCAUGUGUGGCAACGAGGAACCGGUCACAGUACUGACGGUGAUCCUGGAUGCCGAUCUAACCAAGAUGAGCUCAGAACAGAGGGUGGGGCUCCUGGAUCACAUGAGGAGCUUCUCUGGGGUGGGGCUCCAACACAUGAAGAUACUCCCCGUGGUCAACAACAGGCUGUUUGACAUGUCUGCAUUCAUGGCUGGGCCAGGGAAUGCUAAAAAGGUGGUAGAGAAUGGCGCUCUGUUGUCCUGGAAGCUUGGCUGCUCGCUGGAUCAGAGCACAGUCCCAAAUAUCAGCAGUGUCCAGGGUCCUGCAAAGGAAGGCACGAUGUCGGCCAAGCUGGGCUACCCCGUAGUGGGAUGGCACAUUGCCAACAAGAAACCCCAUGUCCCUAAGCGGGUGAGGCGCCAAUUAACCAAUACUCCAACACCUGUUCUGGCAGUGCUUCCUCCAACAACAGUAGUGGAGCCUCCAGUGAGGAUUAUUCCAACCCUCUCCUCUCCCUUUAUUUCCGCACCAACUGAAAGCUCCGCUCCACCUGUAAGAGGCCCCGUUCCUCUACCAGGCAAGCCUACGAUCAGAGUCCGCGACCCUAUCGCCCACACUCCAACCUUGGGACCUCCUCAACCAACAAGGGUAAUGGAGACCACCAGCACCAUUCCCAUCCAGCCAACCAUGACCAGGCCUAUAUAUGUGGAAGCCACUGCCACACCACCCACACCUACCAGAAGACCUACCAAGAAACCUAAGAGGCCUAAAUCCACACCGGUACCCAGAGAGCCAAAGACCUCCACAGCGAAGCCGCCCACGCGCACCACCCCAUCACCUGGUGUAAUUCCGGAUCCAUACAAUAAGAAGCCUGUCUUGCGUAACCCCAUCGACCAGGUCAAUGCAUUGGUUGGCACAUAUUUCGAGGUUAAGAUCCCUCCUGAUACAUUCUUUGAUACAGAGGAUGGGACAACAGACAAACUGCGUCUCACCCUGAGACAGAACCACAAUGACGUGGUUCAAGAGGGCUCCUGGAUCCAGUUCAACACCACCAGCCAACUUCUCUAUGGCCUGCCUGAUGUCCAGCAUGUGGGAAAACAUGAAUAUUUCAUGCACGCAACUGAUAAAGGAGGCCUGAAUGCAAUCGAUGCUUUUGAGGUCCGUGUGAACCGCUGGCCCAUCAAUGACAAAACCCCUGUGAUCUUCACAGCCCGAUUCGAAGGGGAGCCACGUUCCGUAACCAAUGACAUCCACAAGAAAAUCCUUCUGGUCAAAAAGCUGGCAUAUGCCCUGGGGGACCGCAACAGCAGUACAGUGAGUCUACGGAAUAUCAGCAAAGGCUCCAUUGUGGUGGAGUGGACGAACACCAGCCUCCCUCAGCAUCCGUGUCCAAAGGAGCAAAUCACGGCCAUGAGCAAAAGGCUCGCCACUCCUGAUGGGAGGCCCACGGCGACCUUCAGGUACUCUAUGGAGCCUGAAUUUAGAGCACUGGACCUCAUGGUCAAGGGAAGGGCAAGCUGCAAAACAUAUUCCUUCAUCCCACCAGAAGAGAUCGACACAACAGAACCUCCAGCGGUCACUCCAGCUCUGGGAACAGGGCGGCAAAGCACAGAUGAUGUCUAUCUCCACACAGUCAUUCCUGCUGUGGUGGUUGCAGCAAUCCUGUUAAUAGCAGGUAUCAUUGCGAUGAUCUGCUAUCGGAAGAAGCGAAAGGGCAAGCUGACCAUUGAAGACCAGGCCACCUUCAUCAAAAAAGGUGUGCCAAUUAUCUUUGCUGACGAACUAGAUGACUCUAAGCCGCCGCCUUCUUCCAGUAUGCCCCUGAUCCUCCAGGAAGAAAAGCCCCCACUUCCACCCCCUGAGUACCCUAACAUGGCCACACCAGAGACCACUCCCCUCAACCAGGAACUGCUUGGGGAGUACACAGCUCUGCGGGAUGAGGACCCCAACGCACCUCCCUACCAGCCACCGCCUCCUUUCACAACUCCCAUGGAGGGCAAGGGCUCCCGUCCCAAGAACAUGACUCCCUAUAGAUCACCACCCCCCUACGUGCCGCCCUAAGACUUGUUUAACCCUCCCCUCAUAGGGCGGAGGGAGAGGAUGCCUGAGGAACUGUAACGGUUUCCAUUCUGGUGUCUGUCUGGACAUUUACAGGGAGAGAUGACAAGAGGUGCUAAAGUACAAAACAGCUACAAGGGAUUUAGGUUGGGGAGGGGGAAGCGAUGAGUCGGGUGGGGUUUUACAGUAGACAGAUGGGAUGAUUGGUUGAAACAGCUGGGAGGGACUACUGUUUUAGUGGUAGCCCAGCUACUACAGUGGCCUAAGACAAACAAAUUCUCAUCACACUGGCUUUUCGGGUCGACCAGUUGGUCAGAAGUGACAAUUGGGAGACGUGCUCUCCCAUCCCAGCAUUUCAUUUUUUUUCCCUCUGUUUAUUUGGAUACAGGCUUUUAUUUUGAAUUCAUCUUUAUCCCAAGAUUAUUAUUCUUUUUCUUUUCUUUUUUUCUUUUUUUUUUUGGACUGAAUCGUUUGCCUAACAACUCGUCUUUUGUCUUGUUUUUAAAUAAUACGAGAAGACAGUGAACUGCCAUCAGACCACUGCAGGCGACAACUCGUGUUUUUAAUGAGAGUGAGAUUCUCUGAAUAUGAAAAAAAAGCUUAUCACAAGGAAAUCACCCCUGCAGACGACACAAGAGAAUCGGAGGCCAAGGUGUGUGUGUGUGUGUGUCUGUCUGUGUGUCUGUCUGUGUGUGUGUGUGUCUGUGUGUGUGUCUGGGUGGGUGGGUGUGUGCGUGUGUGAAUGAGUGGGUGUGUUUAUUCAGAUUCAGUACGGUUUGCCUUUUAACACUAGUUGUCUGUUUCUAUCCUUAUUCACAAUGUCUAGUAAAGAUGACAAUAACAAGGUAGCCUAAAAAAAAAGAUUUAGAGAUGAAUAAUAAAUAAUUUGUUUGUUUCAUUGGUUUUUAAAAUUCACUGGAAGAUGUUCUGAUAGAUUGUGUUUUAUUUUUUUGGUGGUGGAAGAAAGAGAGAGGAAAGAGACUGCCUCACUAAAGUAACCUGCAGGAGCUUUUUAUUCCUGUUCUGAUAAUAUGUCAAUAACAGGUCAUUAGAUUCAAAUGCCUACCUUCCUCAACAGAUCUAACAGGGUCAAUAAGGUAUAAGCAACAAGGAAAUAAUGAGCUACUGUUUUCAUGACGAACUUAAAUAAGUUAACUAACUUGUAAAUGCAGAGUUUAAUGUGGAUUUGAAUCCACAAUUAAUAGCUGUAUGUGGAUUUCCGUUCAUCCAAUUUGACCUCACUGUGGCACCGUUGUUACUCCAAGUUAACAAAACCACAGUGAGACUUCGGUGGAAUGCCAUUUUUGCCCCUUUUCCACCUCCAACAUGUACCUGAACGGAAAAAAAAGAGCCCGACAGCUUAUUUUGGUCCAGGGAUAAUUAUUUUGUUUUAGUGUAACGAGGCAGUUCUUCUCUCCAGUCUGAAGAGAAAACAUUGUGUGCCAAUGGAGUCUGUCCCAGAUGGGAUUGUACAAAUAUUCACAUUUUAGAGGUCACAGAGGAGAAGAUGGAGGCAGAGAAAGAACCCCAAAUUUCCAGUAAUUAGCUCACAGAAAAGCGGUCAAAGAAAAUCUCCCUCGAAUAUUUUUUUUUUUUACAAAGUUUUUUAUACAGCCUCAAAUUGUUUGAUUAUUAAAAGAAAACAUGAUUAAUGAUUAGUCUUCUGUGAUUUGUAAAAUCUUAGCCUAGAAGUUCCAUUAUGAUUCAAUUAUGUACACUUUUAUUUUAUUUCAUUUCUUUUUUCUUUUUUUUUCUUUUUUUUUGUCAUGGGUCACAUAUUUCAAGUGUUUUAUUUUAUUGUGUGUGUUUGCAUAUCAAAAUGUAUCUCCCACUAUAAAAAGAUGAAAUGACCCAUAUUUUAUGUAAUCACAAAUUUUAUUUUUAUGUCCUUAUGUUUGCUGAUGAGUUUCAACUGAAAGUGACCCUUUGCAAUAAUAAUGUAAGGCUCAGUCCGCUCAGUGACUGGUCGAUGCAGGCUCAAAGCGAGUGACUCGUAUUGUCAUAAUAUUGUUGGUUUUUUGCAGGAUGCCAAGGCUUUUGCUUAUCAAGUGUGCAUUGUCAUAAUAAAACCAACUGGUACGAUAAAAAUCAAUCCUUCUUCAUUCAUGUAUCUGAUUUAACUUCUCCGUGCUGGUUCUGUUGGGAGUUUUCCUGCCUGUGCAAAAUGUCUUAUCCUGUCAUACCCCCCCCCCCCAUAUCAAAACCUGACUGAUGAGGUUUUUGGUCACUGUCACUUUUCUACUGCUCCCACUUAGCCUUGAAUUGAUAAAUCAAUCCGUCUCAAGUCCAUGAGAGGUUUUACCUCCCUAGACGGCUUGCUGCCUGGCAACCAUCUUUGGUCUUUGGACUCAUUGGAACGGUCGUACUGCUGUCCUUUUUGUACUAAAUUAUUCUGCUAUUGAAUGACUGGUUGGACAACUCAGUUUGAAAGCUCUGCCCAUUAAAAAGGCUAUGCUGUGAAAACA